AUGGUUCCAAGCGCGAUAAUAAACACAAAGGAAGAUUCAGACGCGACGGACACAACAAUUAUUCAAAGCAACUCAGGUUUCAAUUCGUAUAUCUUUUGCAGAAGCGAGAAGGUAAAAAGAAGAUCAAAAAGAAAUUGCAAAAGUAUUUUGGAACGGUAUCACAUUACUUUUAAGCCUAAACUCCAUAAGAGCAACUCUCUAUCCGAUCUCUCCCUUGUAUCAAGCGAUAUAUCACUCGACUUCCUCAGGAGAACGGAAAAUUAUUUGUGCAAAAGCGAAUUGAAAAAUACAUUGUAUGAUAUAUCUGGAGAUACAUUAGAAAGAUAUUGGUCCAGACAUUUAAUAACAGCACCAUACAUGUCUUGGAAUUUAAAAGGAAAAAAAUCUAAAAAGAAAUGUCCACCUCCUGACACGUACUUAUCCAAAUUCGCCAAUGACUUCGUGCAAAAUUAUCAACAUGUUUCGUCAUGUGCGGAAAAUUCAAGUACGUGCAGUGCUGAGGAAUUGAAUGCACAUAAAAUGGCUGCCUUUCCCUUCAAAGCUACUCCUAGUGGUAACUUAAAGGUUCAAUCUAACCAGGUAGUAUUUCAAUCAUCGACAGUUGGCGUUCUUUUGGCGGAUCCCACCCAAGCUAAGGUGAAAGUUAAAUUUGAAGGAAAGGCAGCAGGUGAACCUGAUGACGAUGAAAACAACGAGAAUAGCAAUGACCCAGAACUGCAACUUCGGUAUGGACCUAGAGAAACAAAUAUGAAUUCACAAAACAAAGAAGCCUCUGCAAUUGGCAGAAAUACUAAAACAAAGCCAUAUUGUUCAAAUGAUGACAAAGGAGAGUAUUUGAGCAAUCUUGGAUAUGCAUUGGCUGAUCCAGUCGACUGGAUGCGGGUUCAACUGCCUAAGAAACAAGAUUUAUUUCAAGAGUUUUAUCGAAGAAUACACAAUUUUAUAAAUACAGAUACAAUUGUACAUAUUGGCCGAGAGGAAUUUCAUUGUCAUCAUUUUGUACUCGAAAUUUAUUCAACGUUCUUUGAAAUUAAUAUCCAACGAGAAAUUGAAUUAUCAUGCACAAACGUAACUCCAGAAGCUUUCCACACAAUUUAUGAGUGGAUGAUUUUCAGUGGCCCAGAAAGUAAUAAAAUACUAAAAAGAGAUAAUGUGCUUAAUUUAUUAUGUGCUGCUCAGUAUCUCGGUAUAAAAGAUUUAGAACCUCAGUGCUGGUCAUUUAUAGUUAAUGAAAAUCUUUUUAACGAGGAUACUGCAUUUGCUUUAUAUAGAGAGGCGAGGAACAAAGAAAUGACACCCGUAAUGGAUGUAAUGAUUCCUCGAGUAAUGAGAUUCUUUUUACCACUGGUGGCCUCAAAAGACUUCUUGGAGCUUGAACCCGAAGAAGUCAUAACAUUUCUAAAGUCCAAUUAUAUAUGUGUUACAAGUGAGAUAGAAGUUCUAAUGGCCGGUGUACGAUGGUUGUACGGAGACUGGGCCAAUAGAUCUAGGCUAGCUGUGGAGAUUAUGCGCUGCGUCCGUUUUGGCCUCAUUUCACCUUGGCAAUUGGUGGAUAUAAAAAGGAACCCUGAAAAUGCCGAGAUAUUGGAGAUAGUCAACGAACCCGAAAUACAACAGAUGGUAGACGAUGGACUAGCAUACGUUAUAAUAAAAUAUUGGUACGGGAACAACUCUAAGAACUAUUAUCACUGGCUUGAUGUUUUGGGUUUGAUCGAGCCCGCCGAAAGAAAUUGGAUUGGUGAAGAAAAGAAUCACGUGACGUACAAAGAUUUUCUGAAAUAUCUAGAACAGUUUCUGGUACCAAAAGAGCAAAUGUAUCAACAAAUGGCAAUGAUGCAUCCAGCAAGACGGUGCGACGACGCUCACGGCAGUAUGCGAGGCAUCGAUGACAAAAUGAGACCUAAAAUCGACUUUCCACUUCCUGCUACUUUGAAAGGAAUGACGGGUGAUAAGUUUCCAACGAUGAGUGACGUUUUCGAACGCAGAAGAAAGACAAAUGAAGGAAGCCAAUCACCAUCGCCGCCAUCGCCGCCACCGAUGGAUACAGCAAAUAAUUUCUCGCAGAAACCCAAAAAAAGUCCAAUUAUGGAUCAAAAAAAGAAGAAUUUGGAGGAGCAGCGUAACGUGCGGCAGCCGGUAAAACAUCAGUGGGGCAAACAGAUACAGCAGAUACACAUGUGCAAAUUGCCAGCGGAAAAUAAACCUCUUUCUCCUCGACUAUACGAUCCGCCGGAAAAAGACUCUAAGGACAUGAACACCACAAGCGAAACGAGCAGUGAGGCUGUGGCCACCAGUGCUACAGAUAACCAGUACACCAGCCGGCAUGGCGAGAAAAGACACAGCGUCGCAGCUAGCUAUCUGGCUGCCGCAACAGCUGCUUUAUCUGGUGGUGGAAGAGAUUCUCAAGGCACGGCCACCAGGCUGGCCAGCGACGCGCGUACGACACAAACACAAGUCAACACGCCCUCACCGAAUAAGUUCCGCAGUCCACAAACCUCCAUGUUCAACCAUUCCAAGGAAUCUCUUGCUCGAACGAACAUGAAUAAGCUCUCUACUUCUAUCCUCGGGCCUUCAAACAAGAACUACAUGGCAGAUGCGUCUUUAUUCAACUGGGAUAGGGAGACUGUUUUGGUGUUCGGUGGUAUUGACUACCACACCACUUACGGGAUAUCUGGAAACACCGGGAAAAAUAUUUAUAGGUUCGACCCUGUCACCAAUUCUUGGAAUUUAGUUGGCGAACUUCCGGAACCUAGGCAUCAUCAUUCCGUUGCAUUUUUACGUGGACGUGUCUUUCUUGUCGGAGGUGCGGACCCCAGAGAAGAUGACUUACGAGGUAAAUCUGUAGUAGUUUCCACCGUCUGGAGCUACGAGCCGGUAACACGCUCUUGGUACAGCGAGUCUGGUCUGGCCAUACCGAGGAAGAACUUCGGCCUCGUCGUGCAUCGCAUGGCGUUGUAUGCUAUUGGGGGACAGGAUAAAAAGGGCAGAGUGCUUCGUUCAGUUGAGAAGUUCGACCCAAAAACGGGCUCAUGGAGCGAGGUACGCGCAAUGUCUACAGCCCGAAUGGCUGCCGCCGCGACCAAGUAUCGCGACUACAUCUGGGUAGCUGGUGGCAUGACUGGCGAGAAGAGAAGACCUGUAUGCAAUAUUGUGGAGUGUUAUAACUCGAAGACAAAUCAGUGGACGGAAAUACACAGUUUGCGAUUCCCAAGAUGUUUUGCGACAUUAUUUUCCAUGAAUGAUAAACUCUACAUUAUCGGCGGAGCUGGCAAAAUGUCCGAUAAGGAUAAAACGCCAAGCAGUGUUGGAGCUAUAGACGUGUGGGACUGGAAGGAGCGAAAAUGGAAGCUGGAUACAGAGAUGUCCAUACCCAGGCACGGGCAUGCUUUAGCUUACCUCGGCACGCAGCUCAUUAUUAUUGGUGGUGUAACAACAAUCUAUAUGCGCGCUUUGAGCAACGUGGAAUCCUUCUGCUGCGAGCGUGGUGCUUGGAUCAGAGGGGUAGCGAACCUGCCUUCCCCCCUUUCCGGGCACGGCGCCGUGACCCUACCCCCGGCAUCUCUCAUGUGAUGUGCCAAUAACAAAAUAUAGCCAAUCCGUACUAAUAUUAUUCCUUAUUUUUCCUUACUUAAUAUUAUAAAUGCGAAAGUGUUUGCCGUAGUACUUUCCCUGGCGAGUUCUGUCACAGAAAGCUGUAUUACCACUGAACUUUAUAUUUAUCACUGUUCAUGAGAUGCAGCACGCUGACAGACGGGCGGCCGGACGGACAGUUGGACAGCGAAGGCUGUAUAACAGGCUCCCGUUGGCACCUUUCGAGUACAUAAGCCUAAUAAACAAGCUGUUUUAAUAGCCGGUUAUCGAACCCCAUAUUCACUCAUUUUAGUACCAGCGAUGACAAUGCAUUUUUUUUUUAUUACACCACCCCACAAAAAAGUACCUAUUGUAAUGUUUACAGGGUUUAUGUAUAUAAGUAUUUAUGAGAGUUUCUUUAUCACACAUUCACUUCUAAAUGGAUGUAUGAGGAAUCGUUGGAAUCCUUACAUAAUCUUGACUGGCUAUAAAUUUUCAAAAUAAAAUUCAAUAGGCUGCAGGGCGCCAUUUUGAAUUGUAAAAAUUCGUACAGUGUUUGGCAGUCGGGUUUUUUUUCUCAUACUUUUAACACCCACUUAUAACACCCAUAAUAUUUACAAGAUUUUCGCAAUUCUUAAAACGUUUUCUUGUAUUGCAACAAUAGAACUUAUCAUGUUUCGAAGUUAAGUCAGUGCUCUUAGUGAUUUUUGUUUCUGUAUUGUUGGUGCCUGCAAUCAAACAGGGUCUCGACUCUUCUUGUCCACUGAAAACACUUUUGUAAUGUAUGUGGUGCGAGGUGUCAAAAUUAUCAUUAAAUAAUACAUUUUGUACGCAAUUAAAAUUAUAAUGAGUUAAACAAUCAGGGCCAUUGAUAGUAGGUGAUGCAUGAUAAUCUAAUCUAAAAACCUUGAUUUUAUGUCAUAACAUUAUUAUCAGUAAGACUGACUUUCUAUACUAUUUGAAAUUUGUUGAACAAGUAGCCCAUCUAGCGGUCACCACUUCAGGACUUUUGCCCCAACGCCAAUCGGUCCUCUGAGCUAGUCCAACGCCGUGGGACGUCACUUCAGUUUCCCAAUUCGUAGAGCUAUGUUGGUCACUCUUGUUGUUCACGAAUCUCCUUCUUUCUUUCAUAUAGUUGAUCACGCUUAGAUACGAGUACCUCGAACAUAGAUAUCUCUCUCUCUCCUUAACAAUAAGACCCAUUUCUAAAGUACGCCGAUGUAAAAAAAAAUGUAUUUCUAAUUUUUGACUCUC